AUACCUCAGGAGCCAGGACAGUCCUGUGUGAGUCAAACUUACCAAGCAGUUAGCAGCUCAGCCUCGCUUUAUUAACUAAUAUUAAUUAAAAUGUUCGACAACGAGGAUGAAAACGGUCCUAAAAGCACUUUUUCCACAUACGUGGCAGAGGGCGACAAACUCUUUCACAAAGGAGAAUAUACCAAAGCCAUUGAAAGCUAUUCUACGGCUCUGCUUUUGCAGCCAGACAACAGGGACUGUUUGGUUGCCAGAUCCAAGUGUUAUGUGAAAAUUGGAAAUGCUGAGAGCGCCCUGAAGGAUGCAGAAGCUUCUCUUAAACAGGACAAGGAGUUCUUCAAGGGUUUGUAUCAGAAAGCUGAAGCCCUGUACACUAUGGGGAAUUUUGAGUUUGCACUGGUCUUUUACCACCGAGGCCACAAGCUGCGACCAGAGCUGCAGGAGUUCAGACUGGGCAUCCAAAAAGCACAAGAGGCCAUCAACAAUUCUGUGGGCAGUCCUUCAUCUGUAAAGCUGGAGAAUAAAGGAAUUACUGAUUUACCAUUUUUUAACAGACCCAAUGAGCUGAAAAAGGUUGAAGCAAAGCCUUUAAUCUGUCCCCCAAAGAAGGACCUGAAACAACAAAAUCAGAAGACACCCAAGAGUGAAAAAACAGCUAAACAGCUACUAGGGGACCUGUACACUGAUAAAGAGUAUCUGGAAAAGUUGCUCAGAGAUGAAGAUUUAAUAAAAGGAAGAACACGUAGUGGAGAGAGACUGCAGGAUGUGAUCCUUGGCUGCAUCUCUUAUCUGGACACGCGGACUGAAUUCUGGCGACAACAGAAACCCAUAUAUGCUCGUCAGCAUGACCGGAACCUGCUGACGCAGCAGUGGAACCGCACACGGCGUCAGCCUCCUUCUGAUCCUACCUACAUCCUCAAAAACCUCGAGAAGAUUGAUGCAGCACUGACUGCAGGCAAUACAGAGAGCGCCCUCAAGAAGACUCGGGAGGUUCUGAAGACGGUGCAAGGCUGGUCUGAGGAUGCUCUGCCCAAUAAGAGUGAGGUGCUGGGACACCUGUACAGCUACAUUGGUAAUGCACUAAUGGAUCUGGGGGAUAUGAACACGUCACUGGACAAUCACCUUAAGGAUCUGCAGCUGGCCCAGCAAUUUAACCUGAUGGAAAAUAAGUCCAGGGCUCUGGACAACCUUGGCCGAGUUUAUGCACGUAUUGGCAAAUUUCAACAAGCAAUAGAAGCCUGGGAGAAAAAGAUUCCUUUGGUCCAAGAUGGGCUGGAACAAGCCUGGUUGUUCCAUGAGAUAGGCCGAUGUUAUCUGGAGCUGAAACUUCAUACUGAGGCCAAAGACUACGGCAGCCGCUCUCUCAGUGCUGCUAAUGACAUUGCUGAUGAGAAAUGGCAGCUUAAUGCCAGUGUUCUAGUAGCGCAGGCUGAGCUAAAACUGGGUAACUUUGAGGCCAGUGUGUUACACUUUGAGAGGGCAUUGGACCGGGCUAAACUGCUGCAGGACGAUGCUGCCCGAGAUGCCAUCCAAAAGGCUCUUCAAGAGAUGAGACAGCGAGUUACUCAGUGAUUCCGUUAGCUUUGCAACUAAGAAGGACUUCAAGUACAAGAGUCUGAACUAAUAAAUCAUAACUGAUGCUUAA